AUGGAUCAUCGAUUCUUCAGGCGGUGGCUCUGGCCUUCGACACCAAAAAAAGCAUCACAAACAUUUCGAGUUCACACCAAGCUCAACUCAGAAGAAGCGCUCCGCAGAUUCCUCAAGAUUCGAGACAGCCUCCAAAUGACCAAACAGGAAAUCGUCGACAUCUGCCGAAUGCUAGAAGAAGAUGGCCAACUGCAAGCAGCUUUGUUCAAGGCGGACACUGAGCUUUUGGUUACCAUCCUGGCUGUACGCACUUACAAAGUCGGGGAGAGAGAGUAUAUCGGGACGGCAGUGCUUGCUUUGGAGGACUUGAUGUCGCGAACAAGGACGCUGUUUCUGAAGGCACACCCAGCCGUCCGCAGCUACCGAGGCUCAACGCCGAGCGAACUCCAUUUCCUUGCGAGGACCCUGGCCCAGGAGAUCCACCAGAGCAUCAAAUGCUUGGCUAGUAUGCGCGAGCAGGUGCGGAACGAGGUUUAUCCUGACGAUGCUGCAAGCGUUGAGGUCCAGACCAACUGGAGAGCAUGGAUUUGCCAACUGUACGGGGGAGGAAGCAAUAGCGGCAGAGGAAUGAAGGCGGAGAGUGGCAACAGUGUCCAGCGGGCGAAAGAACAUCAUGAGAGGGAGCACCUGUUCACGAGAAACGGGUGGGAGCACAACGGAGGACGUUGUCGGUGUCUGGACUAUCAAUGA